AUGGCAAAAGUAUUAGAUUUAAUAAAUUCAGUAAAUGACAGUGUUAAUAAAUCUAAAGAUUUUACUAUAAAUUUAUUGACGACAAGUUCUGAUUUACCAUUUUUAAUAACCGGCGUAGUAAUACUAUCAAAAUAUCUCCCACGAUGUUCAAAAGACGUGCUCCUGAAAUACGGAACCUUCUGGAUAUCGAAAGUAGUCCAGGUGUUGGAGAGCAAUUACGAGCCAGGUGAACUGUCUUUAGCAUGUAAAGUGCUGGGAGAACUAUUGAUCGUGUCUAAGCAGAUACCGGAACUAGCAAAAGAGAUAUCGAUCCAUAAUAUCAAGCCACUGGCUGCUCUUAUCACCAGCUUUGAUAUAAAUGACAAGGGAACGAGUCUGUUAUACCCGCUUGCUAUUUUACUCCAUUACUACAAAGAGUCUACUGAAAAAUUUCAGACAUCAAUAAGAGAACUGAUUCUUCCUACGAUAGACUCUCAGAGUGAAGAAAUAGUCCAAGCAGGCGCUAAUAUUUUUACUUUACUGACCCGAGCUACUGAACGUUCGUUCAAACCCAUCGAAUCAAAGCCUUCGUACACUAAUUGGACUUACAAUUUGUUGUUGAUCUGUAACAGCCUUGACGAAAUAUUGGACACUUUGUUUAACGAUAAGUCAAACAAUUCUGACGAAUUUAAAUUAAAAUUGCCGAGUGUUUCUGAAGAAAAUGUCCUGGAUGGGUGUGGAGAAAGUAACAGCGUGAUCCCCAAUGAUAUACUCAAUCUGGUAGAACGUGGUUUCAAUAUUUCUCCGUCAAGCUUGCUCAAGGAAGACUCGGUGCAGAACCAAAUCCUGUAUAUAAUUCUCCCGAAAUUACAUGUCAGUUUAUUCAACGUCCUGAAUGCUUUUAUCGAAGGAUUCAAGGAUAAUUUAGUUCCAUUUGCCAACGAGAUACUUCCAUUAUACAAGCAUACGUUGAAUUGGACAAACGGAUCAGAUAAUCAAACUAUCGGGGGUAAAAAGCCGUUUACUAAUGUCAGGCUAUCGGCUUAUAAAAGUUUGAAAGUUUGGAUGAGAAACCUUAAUGGUUUAUCGGGAGUUGAGAUCAUUUGUGAUGAUAUUAUUCCUUGGCUAUUAAAAGAUAUUACUCCUGAAAAGUCUCAAGUUUUACUCACUAUAAAAAAAACAACGGCAACAUCUAAAAAGGCAUUUAAAAGAACAAGAGACAAUCAAAUAAAAAAUGAUUUAACACUUGACAAUUCAGUUGGAGACAAAGAAUCAAUAGACGUAGAUCUGUGUAAAGAAGCUUUGCAUUGUUUGCAAAAUAUUUUCAAGUAUUCGAGUUUAAUAAAGCUACCGCUUUACAAAGUAACUGAGGAAUUAAUAAUAUCUUUACUGUACAACGUAUAUAUGGACAGUAACAAUUUCUAUAGACAGAAUCCCGAAUGCCACUUGCAAUUGCUGAGGACAUUGAAGACAAUGCAGAUGAAUCCUCACCCAUUAGGAGCAUCAUCAAUGCACCACUGCAUUGAAUUAUUUAGCUCGGCGUCUCGUGAAAAUAAUCUUCAGGUCGUUGAAGAAGCUAAAGAAGCAUUAAUGCAGCUUGAAAAGAUCUCCCAUCCAAGUGCUCCAACUCUUAGUCUCCCUGUUUUAAGCACUACUGAAUAA